GCAGUCUCUGAUGCUAUUGAGCUGUGUUGCACUUGGCUGCCUGGCUUUAGAUCUCCUCUUCCUGCUCUUCUAUUCCUUCUGGUUCUGCUGCCGUCAUCGGAAAACAGAAGAGAACACAAAUGCAGACUGUUGCUGCACUGCGUGGUGUGUGAUCAUUGCCACUCUGGUCUGCAGUGCUGGCAUCGCCGUGGGUUUCUAUGGCAACGGGGAGACCAGCGAUGGCAUCCACAGAGUGACAUAUUCGCUGAGACAUGUCAACCACACCGUGGCAGGAAUCCAAGAUCGGGUCUCUGAAACCACCAUAGCGCUAAACCAAACUGUGGAACCAAAUCUGAUAGAACUGGAAACCAUGUUUACAAAACACACAGAUUACGUUCUCAUCGUCCAGAAACUUCAGGGUCUUCUGUACACACUGGUCCAACAAACCUCUGAGAUACCGUUCUGGAAGAACAAUGACAUUUCAAUGGAUGACCUGGCUAAACAAGUGGACACCUACGACUGGUACAGAUGGCUGGGUUACCUAGGGUUGCUCCUCUUUCAUGUCUUCAUUUGCCUCCUGGUGCUUUUUGGUCUUAUCCGGAACUCAAAGGCCAUUCUGGUGAGCGUAUGUUUCCUUGGAGUCAUGGCACUGAUUAUAAGCUGGGCAUCCAUGGGUGUGGAGCUUGCAGUGGCAGUGGGCUGCAGCGAUUUUUGCAUGGAUCCAGACACCUUUGUCACCAAAAUAGUGGAAGAAAAAUCUGUGUUGAGUGCAGAUAUUUUAAGCUACUAUCUCUCCUGUAAUCCCGGAUCUGCAAACCCCUUUCAGCAGAUAUUGUCAAGUGGCCACAAAGCCCUAGUGGAGAUGCAGGAUGAGGUACUGGAUCUCCUGCGUUCAGCCGUUAAAGAAUACCCUAAGUCAAUGGAUAAACUUAUCAACAUUCAAGGAGUUCUGAAUUCCACAGAGAUCAAUCUGCAGCAUCUCACAGCUCUGGUGGACUGCCGAGGAUUACACUUGGACUAUGUCCAGUCUCUCACUGGUUUCUGCUAUGACGGAGUGGAGGGGCUCAUAUACCUGGUCCUGUUCUCCUUUGUAACUGCCCUGAUGUUCAGCUCCAUUGUGUGCAGUGUGCCCCAUACCUGGCAGCAGAGGAGGGGCAGCUAUGACGAGGGGGACGAAGAGGCCACCACCCCGGGGACACGACAGACUCAUGACAACCUGUACAGGGUGCACAUGCCCAGUUUAUACAGCUGUGGGAGCAGCUAUGGCAGUGAGACCAGCAUCCCCGCCGCUGCACACACAGUCAGCAACGCCCCUGUAACGGAAUACAUGAGUCAGAAUGCGAACUUCCAGAAUCCCCGAUGAGUGAGAACACCCCCCUCAUUGGACGUGAGUCACCUCCUCCUUCAUACACCUCCAGCAUGCGAGCAAAGUAUUUGGCCACUAACCGCCCGGAAACAGACCCUGGGCACUAA